GCUGCUACACAGUGUGCUGCCUCUUCUCGCCUCGUUCGCCAUGUUCCGCAAGAAGGAGAUCAACUUCAACAAGCAGGACUCGCGGACUGUGCUACAAUUUCUCGAGGACCAAAAAAUCAUGGAAACGCUGAAGUUGCAGCGCCUGCAACGGAAACCCACCCUGCCGACGAUCUCGGCGGAGCGAUACGCUCCGGAUACUGAUCCACCGGACGUUCAGGGCAAUGAGUCACCGGCACCGCUCACCGGUGGGCUCGGCGUUGCGGGCGUUGCGGCCGUUGUCGGCGGAGGGGUAGUCGGAGCACUCGGUGGAGCGCUCAGCCUCAGCCAGGAGGACAUCGUCGGCGUGCUGCCGAACGAGAUCUCCGCCCCGUACGAGGUGCCCCAGUUCCCGAUCGAGCAGAUCGAAAAGAAGCUCCAGCUGCAGCGCCAACUGAACGCCAAGGUGAUGGAACAGGACCGAUACUCGACGGCACCGGAAGUGCACGCGGACGAGCAGCUCCCGUUCGACGAGCACGACUUCGUCGCCCACUUCCAGCGCGUGUCGAUCUCGGGCGAGGACACUAGCGGCGUGCCGCUCGACGACCUGGAGCGGGCCUCCACCCUGCUGGUGAAGGCGCUCGAGCUGCGCGAGAAGUACAUGCGCAACUCGCACCAGGCCUUCCCGCAGACCACCGCCCGCUUCCUCAAGUCGACGCACGCGUGCGGCAUCACGCACCAGGAGCGCAAAUCCAUCGCCGACCAUCCAGUCAACCCGCCGCAGAGUACACAGUCGCCGUGGGUGGUGGAGUUCCCGCCGGACCUGGACCACACGGUCCGGGCGGUGAACGGCGUGUUUGAGGUGUUCCCGUCGGUGGACGCCGGCACGGAAUCGCUGCCGUACCACUACCCGCGGCUCCCGGACUUCGUGCAGGACAUGCAGAUGAUGUGCACGAUGAUCGCGGACGGGCCACUGAAGUCGUUCUGUUACCGCCGGCUGAGCUACCUGUACUCGAAGUUCCAGCUGCACGUGCUGCUGAACGAGCUGCGCGAGCUCGCGUCGCAGAAGGCGGUACCGCACCGAGACUUCUACAAUAUCCGCAAGGUCGACACGCACAUCCACGCGGCGAGCUGCAUGAACCAGAAGCAUUUGCUGCGCUUCAUCAAGAAGACGCUGAAGAACUACGCGGACGAGGUGGUGACCGUGACCAAGGGCACGCCGAUGACGCUCGCGCAAGUGUUCCAGUCGAUGAACCUGACCACCUACGACCUGACGGUCGACAUGCUGGACGUGCACGCGGACCGCAACACCUUUCACCGCUUCGACAAGUUCAACGCGAAGUACAAUCCGAUCGGUGAGUCGCGGCUGCGCGAGGUGUUCCUGAAGACGGACAACUACCUGAACGGGAAGUGUUUCGCCAACAUUAUCAAGGAGGUGGCGAGCGACUUCGAGGAAAGCAAGUACCAGAACGCGGAGCUGCGGCUCUCGAUCUACGGCAAGUCGCCGGACGAGUGGUUCAAGCUGGCGAAGUGGGCCAUCGACGGUGACGUCUACUCGGACAACAUCCGCUGGCUGAUCCAGGUGCCGCGGCUCUACGAUAUCUUCAAGACGAACAAACUGAUGAGCUCGUUCCAGCAGAUCCUGGACAACGUGUUUAAGCCACUCUUCGAAGCGACCAACAACCCGAGCCAACACCCGGAGAUUCACAUCUUCCUGCAGUACGUGAUCGGGUUCGAUUCGGUCGACGACGAGUCGAAACCCGAGAACCCGCUGUUCGACGGUGACGUCACGCCGCCCGACCAGUGGACGGACGAGGAGAACCCACCGUACGCGUACUACAUCUACUACAUGUACGCCAACAUGGCGGUGCUGAACAAGUUCCGGGCGGCCCGCGGUCUCAACACGUUCGUGCUCCGGCCGCACUGCGGCGAAGCCGGCCCGGUGCAGCACCUGGUGUGCGGGUACCUGAUGGCGGAGAACAUCUCGCACGGGCUGCUGCUCCGCAAGGUGCCGGUGCUCCAGUACCUGUACUACCUCGCCCAGAUCGGUAUCGCCAUGUCGCCGCUGUCCAACAACUCGCUGUUUCUCAACUACGACCGCAACCCGUUCCCGGAGUACCUGGCGCGCGGGCUCGUCAUUUCGCUCUCGACCGACGACCCGCUGCAGUUCCACUACACAAAAGAACCUCUGAUGGAGGAGUACAGCAUUGCGGCCCAGGUGUGGAAGCUGAGCUCGUGCGAUAUGUGCGAGCUGGCGCGGAACAGCGUGCUGAUGUCGGGCUUUUCGCACAAGAUGAAGCAGCACUGGCUCGGGCCCAACUAUACGCGCGAGGGAGUCGCCGGGAACGACAUCACGCGCACGAACGUGCCUGACAUACGCGUCGCCUUCCGCUACGAGUCGCUGCUGGACGAGCUCGCCAACAUCUUCAAGGUUAACAACGAGCAAAAGAUGCAGUACGCGUCACAGCAGUAGAUGCAGCACUGCUGCUGUGGGUUCCCACUUUCUACCGUUAUCAAUCUGCUAGACCAUCGCCGUUAUCGCGUUUCCGUGAACGCGUUGUUCACUGUUCACACGCAGUCCUUCACGGAGUGUUUCGUUGUUGUUACCCCGAAGCCGCCGCCGAACCGUUCCGUUGGUUCGCUCCAGCAUAGCGGUUUCGUCUUGAGCAACGAAGCAAGCUCAGACUCGAACCCUGGCCUUGAUUGUAGUGAUCCGAUGACAUACCUGGCCGAUGACGAUCGGGUUUUCCUCAGAGCUACACGCGGAUAACGACGACACACAACUCUGUUCAUUAGCCUCCCUUUUCGGAGCACCACCAUUUAUCAAGGAAAAAACAAACACACUACUCACCAACCAAAUCACGUUGGCAGACGCAUUCGUGUUAGAACCUUUAUUCUUUCUGCAUGUUACAAUGUUUCGUACUACAUUCGUUUAGUCAUCCACUUCGACGCGGGGCGUGGGGCCCAUCAUUAAAUAGCAACGUACAUCUAAAAUAUAAGAUUAUAUAUUGCGUCGCGGUAAAAAAAAAUGGUUUCUUGUGUUUACAUGAUGGCAGAUCGAUCCGGCUGCGCGUGGGGUGGCCAGGUUGAAAUAAAGCCAGUUGAGCUCCGCUGCA